UAAUCGGCAAUCUGAGGGAAUCGGCGGAAGACUUGUCCAGCCAAGAUCUAAUUAGAUUGUUUCGGUGGUUUUAGGUUUUGGAGUGGGAUAACCUAGAAUUCGAAGAAGAAGAAGAUCCAGUGAAAAUGGCUGCUGCAAUUUACAGCCUAUACAUCAUCAACAAGUCUGGCGGUCUUAUCUUCUACAAGGACUACGGUUCGGCUGGGAGAAUGGAUACGAACGACAGCUUGCGAUUAGCCAGUUUAUGGCAUUCGAUGCACGCUAUUUCUCAACAGUUAUCUCCCGUACCUGGAUGUUCCGGAAUCGAACUUCUCGAGGCUGAUACCUUUGAUCUCCAUUGCUUCCAGUCACUUACUGGGACAAAAUUCUUUGUGGUUUCUGAGCCUAGAACACAGCAGAUGGAGGCUCUUCUGAAACACAUAUAUGAACUGUACACAGACUAUGUAUUGAAGAAUCCCUUCUAUGAAAUGGAAAUGCCAAUUCGAUGCGAGCUCUUUGACAUCAACCUAGCUCAAGCUGUUCAGAAAGACCGCGUUGUUUUGCUCGGAAGAUGAUUGAAUGUUUAACAACAUUGGAUUCUCAUUCAGUAGUUAACUUUAUUUAUAAUAAUAAUUAUAAGGUUGAUUUUGUUGUUGUUGAUUAAAUUGUGUGCUUUUGCUUGUCAUGUAUCUGGAUCUUCAUUGCUUCAACUCAUUAAACAAGUGUGUUUUAUUAUUA